AUGAGAGAUACUGAAAUCAGCAUUGAUCAUGCCUACUGCGUUGAAUUGAUUCGGCUGUCCGAAAUUCGGCUCUGCCUCCCGACAAGAAAAUUGAUAGGUAUCCAAGACGACCACCGACUGCGGAACGGCCUGAUCUCCUCUGUGCAGCCACAAUUGACUUCGGCCUCAAGGAGUGGCCUCCCGGUCUUCGAUAUCGAGGGCGGGCUCUUUGGUCCUGGUCUCACUGACUCUCACGUACCCGUCACGUCUGGCCCCGGCGUUAAGACCAUGGCAGCUAUGGGUCAGACUAGCCGAUCAACAGGUCACUUUGCACGCCACCUACGUGCAGAGAGAUGCCCCACGGAGGAUUCAUCACUGUUCGGGACACUGAAGGCGCCACCUAGUUCCUCGCCGAUGCCCUCAAGAAGGGGCUCAAUCAGGGACCUCGUUCUUAUCAGUGUGGCAAAGCACUUCCACGAAUCGGUGGUCAUGGAGACUUUGUGUCCCCCGGUGUCUCAGGAGGAGACUGUGCCUCCUGCUGUGGGGGACACGCUGUCUCUUUGGAUCGGACCGCAGAUGGCGUACCGGCCGUUCUUAAAGCCGUCCGAGAAGAGCUCAAGCAAGGUGCAGACUCCAUCAAGGUUAUUUCGGGAGGAGGCGGGGCGUCCGAGUUAG